GUGUAUCUGCUGAGUCAUUACCGCAGCUCCCAUGAGAAGAUACUUUUCGAAUGUCUUCCUUCUCUGCCUGUACAGUGUGCUGUACACUACGGACGUGGACUUGGUGUCAUAGCUUGGUGUUACCUGUGGCUUCUUUCUGUGCUGUGCGUCGGCAGUUAAGACCCUGCCUUCUGCCUCUGGGUUCCUGUCACCGGAGCGGAGCGGAGCGGGAGGCGGUGCGAGGCGGAACGCUUGGGUCAGGGGGAGGCGGGGGGGAGGGGACUCCACUAACUUUGUAGUUCAGCUUUGGGGGCCGCUGUGACAUUCUGCUCUGUGCAGCGGGCAGGCCACAGCCUCUGGUCUAGAAGAGAGGGCACUGUGCAGAAGCCAUCGCUCCCUACAGAGCCGCCAGCUCGUCGGGAUGCAGGGAGCCACGACCCUAGAUGCCGCCUCGCCAGGGCCUCUCGCCCUCCUAGGCCUUCUCUUUGCCGCCACCUUACUGCUCUCGGCCCUGUUCCUCCUUACCCGGCGCACCAGGCGCCCUCGUGAACCACCCUUGAUAAAAGGUUGGCUUCCUUAUCUUGGCAUGGCCCUGAAAUUCUUUAAGGAUCCGUUAACUUUCUUGAAAACUCUUCAAAGGCAACAUGGUGACACUUUCACUGUCUUCCUUGUGGGGAAGUAUAUAACAUUUGUUCUGAACCCUUUCCAGUACCAGUAUGUAACGAAAAACCCAAAACAAUUAAGCUUUCAGAAGUUCAGCAGCCGAUUAUCAGCGAAAGCCUUCUCUGUAAAGAAGCUGCUUACUGAUGACGACCUUAAUGAAGACGUUCACAGAGCCUAUCUACUUCUACAAGGCAAACCUUUGGAUGCUCUUCUGGAAACUAUGAUCCAAGAAGUAAAAGAAUUAUUUGAGUCCCAACUGCUAAAAAUCACAGAUUGGAACACAGAAAGAAUAUUUGCAUUCUGUGGCUCACUGGUAUUUGAGAUCACAUUUGCGACUCUAUAUGGAAAAAUUCUUGCUGGUAACAAGAAACAAAUUAUCAGUGAGCUAAGGGAUGAUUUUUUUAAAUUUGAUGACAUGUUCCCAUACUUAGUAUCUGACAUACCUAUUCAGCUUCUAAGAAAUGAAGAAUCUAUGCAGAAGAAAAUUAUAAAAUGCCUCACAUCAGAAAAAGUAGCUCAGAUGCAAGGACAGUCAAAAAUUGUUCAGGAAAGGCAAGAUCUGCUGAAAAGAUACUAUAGGCAUGACGAUCCUGAAAUAGGAGCACAUCAUCUUGGCUUUCUCUGGGCCUCUCUAGCAAACACCAUUCCAGCUAUGUUCUGGGCAAUGUAUUAUAUUCUUCGGCAUCCUGAAGCUAUGGAAGCCCUGCGUGACGAAAUUGACAGUUUCCUGCAGUCAACAGGUCAAAAGAAAGGACCUGGAAUUUCAGUCCACUUCACCAGAGAACAAUUGGACAGCUUGGUCUGCCUGGAAAGCACUAUUCUUGAGGUUCUGAGGCUGUGCUCAUACUCCAGCAUCAUCCGAGAAGUGCAGGAGGAUAUGAAUCUCAGCUUAGAGAGUAAGAGUUUCUCUCUGCGGAAAGGAGAUUUUGUAGCCCUCUUUCCUCCACUCAUACACAAUGACCCGGAAAUCUUCGAUGCUCCAAAGGAAUUUAGGUUCGAUCGCUUCAUAGAAGAUGGUAAGAAGAAAAGCACGUUUUUCAAAGGAGGGAAGAAGCUGAAGACUUACGUUAUGCCUUUUGGACUCGGAACAAGCAAAUGUCCAGGGAGAUAUUUUGCAGUGAACGAAAUGAAGUUACUGCUGAUUAUGCUUUUAACUUAUUUUGAUUUAGAAAUUAUCGACAGGAAGCCUAUAGGGCUAAAUCACAGUCGGAUGUUUUUAGGUAUUCAGCACCCCGAUUCUGCCGUCUCCUUUAGGUACAAAGCAAAAUCUUGGAGAAGCUGAAAGUGUGGCAGAGAAGCUUUGCAGAGUAAGGCUGCAUGUGCUGAGCUCCGUGAUUUGGUGCACUCCCCCAAAUGCAACCGCUACUCUUGUUUGAAAAUGGCAAAUUUAUAUUUGGUUGAGAUCAAUCCAGUUGGUUUUGGGUCACAAAACCUGUCAUAAAAUAAAGCAGUGUGAUGGUUUAAAAAAUGUCAUGGCAAUCAUUUCAGGAUAAGGUAAAAUAACAUUUUCAAGUUUGUACUUACUAUGAUUUUUAUCAUUUGUAGUGAAUGUGCUUUUCUGUAAUAAAUUUGCUCCAGGGUGAUUUUAUUUAAGUUACUGAAAUCCUCUAAUAUGGUUUUAUGUUCUGCCAGAAAGCUGUGCCUUCAAUGGACAGUCUAACAAUUUCCCGUUUUCCAGAGAAGGGGGACAUUAAAUCCCAUGAAUUACACUGUAUGAAAAUUUUCCCUUCAAGUAUAGUAUCAAUAACGUCUACAUCACCAGGGUACCUUUGCAUUAAAUGAGUUUUGCAAAAUA